GAGUCCCAUUUAUAGAGAAAGAAUCAGCAGACAAUCGUUUAUAUUUUGUCAAGAUGGGACCGGUUGCAGUUCUCGUUACACUUCUAGCAGGGACCAGUUUCGCAUCUGGAUGCCAGGAGUCUGAAAGCACCGGAAAAGGCGACAGUUACUAUUGUAUUUGUAAUUCUACCUACUGUGAUGAAGCUCCAAGCGUGGUACAAACGCAAGAGAAGUUAACUUACACGGUAGUUUCCUCGAGUAAAGACGGUCUUCGGUUUCAUGUUUCAAAUGGAAAAUUUGGACACAAGUCUGGAGGAAUAUUUUCUACGAAGAUAAAAAUUGAUACAACUAAGACUUAUCAAACUAUCAUCGGGUUUGGUGGAUCGAUGACAGAUUCUUCUGGAAUAAAUAUUAAAUCGCUUUCGGAACCUGUGCAAAAAAAGCUUUUAGGAGCCUACUUCGGCAAUGGAAGUAUUGAAUAUAACAUGAUACGAGUCCCAAUGGGAAGUUCAGACUUCUCUCCCAGACCUUACAGCUAUGCGGAGACGGAGAACGAUAUAUUUCUUGAGAAAUUUGCUUUGGCCGAUGAGGAUAUUAAAUACAAGAUACCAUAUUUGCAAAAAAUUAGUAAUAUAACUAACCAACAAGUGAAGUUGAUAGCUUCCCCUUGGUCUCCAAAUCCCUGGAUGAAAACUGCAGGAAACUGGACAGGGAAAGGUAUCCUGCGUCGUGAAUAUUGGCAAACAUGGGCUAACUACUUCGUAAAAUUCUUCCAGGAAUACAUAAAAAAAGAUAUUAAAUUCUGGGCUCUGACUCCUCAAAAUGAACCUCAAAUAGUAUUUACGCCAAUUGUGAUGCAAUCUAUGGGUUGGGAUGCAGUUGAUCAGCGCAAAUGGCUGACAGAAUUUCUUGCACCGAUAAUGAAAAAGGCUGAUUUGGAUUACAUAAAAAUUAUAAUUGGGGAUGGUCAAAGACAUCUUUUACCUGACUGGGUGAACAAAAUUCUAAUAGAUAAGAAAGCUAAUAAAUUGGUCUCGGGCAUUGCAGUUCAUUGGUACCUCGAUAAAGUUUUAUCCAUAAAUCGACUGGAUAAAACCCAUAAACUUUACCCAAAUAAAUUUAUACUCUACACUGAAUCAUGUUCAGGAGUGAUGGAAAGUCAGAAAGUAAAAUUAGGUUCAUGGAGUCGAGCAGAGGAUUAUGCCAAUAGUAUAAUUGACACCUUUAAUCAUUGGGUAACUGGUUGGAUUGACUGGAACAUGGCUCUAGACUUGAAAGGUGGUCCCAAUUGGCUCAAGAACUACAUGGAUGCACCGAUAAUUGUAAAUGCAUCAGCUGAUUCAUUUUACAAGCAACCCACUUACUACGCCAUAGGGCACUUCUCUAAAUUUAUAACUCCUGGAAGUAAAAGGAUUAGUACUACUAGAAAAGGAUUGGCUAAUAUCAAGACUAUCGGUUUUUUGAGGCCAGAUAAUGCAACUGUGUUGAUUCUUCUGAACCAAUACACCUUAGAAAAAACAGUAUCCGUGGAGGAUCCAGUCAAAGGAAGUGUAAAGCUAACUCUCCCACCAAAGUCAAUACAUAGUGUAAUAUACUGGUAGUGAUAGGGACAAAAUUUCCGGAAAAGUUGACACUAGAGAGUUUUGGAGACGAAAGUUACGCUCGGGUUCGAUAAAGUCUUCGGAAUUGGAGAACAUAAGUUCUCUGAAGGCAACCGACAACUGGAAGCUAAACCUGUUUUCAUUUCCUCACGAGGCAGGAAGAAGGGAUCGUAUCUCAGACGAAUAUUUACAUCCCUCUCGGAGACUCGUGUAAAGAUUAAUCAAAACUUUUAUCAUUCAUGCUACUUCGAGAAAGCUUCACUUAUUAAACUCCGCCUACAAGAUUCGCCAAAGAAAAAAAAUUAAAUAAUUUAAAUAAAAAAGUGUAAUAUUAAAAUUUAUUUUAAGUCAUACUAAAUAUUUGCUCAAAUUAUUUAUAACGAAGAUAAAUGUUAAAUGUUACAAAUCUUUUCCAGCAAACCUAAGUGUCACGCGUAAC